UAUGGACUUGGUUAUAGUCAUAAUUGGAGUAGAUCCAUUUUUGUGGAAAAUGGGGGUUAUGACAAUAAAUAUAGUUUACUAAAUGUAAAACGUUUAAUUACUCGAAUGUAUCAACAUAAUCAUUUAAUCAUUUCGGUUAAUGAUUCUCCCAAAAAUCCAUUUUGGGGAUAUAAUAAGAAUUUGGAUUCUCAAAUAAUAUCAGAGGGUUUUGCCAUCGUCGUGGAAAUUCCAUUUUUCCUACAAUUAAGCUCUUCCUUAGAGGAGGCAGAAAUCAUAAAAUCUUAUAAAAAUGUGAGAUCAAUUCAUUCCAUUUUUCCCUUUUUCGAGGAUAAAUUUACAUUUUUAAAUUAUGUCUCAGAUAUAAGAAUACCCUAUCCUAUCCAUCUGGAAAUCUUAGUUCAAAUCAUUCGAUACUAGGUGAAUGAUGCCCCUUUUUUUCAUUUAUUACGGUUAUUUCUUUAUCAUUUUAGUAAUUGGAAUCGUUUUAUUACUACCAAAAAAUCGAUUUCUACUUUUUCAAAAAGUAAUCCAAGAUUAUUCUUGUUCCUCUAUAAUUUUUAUGUACGUGAAUAUGAAUCUAUCUUCCUUUUUCUACGUAAUAAAUCCUCUCAUUUACGAUUAAAAUCUUUUAGCGUUUUUUUAGAGCGAAUUUUUUUUUAUGCAAAAAGAGAACAUCUUGUAGAAGUUUUUGCUAAUGAUUUUUCGUAUCCUUUACCAUUCUUCAAGGAUCCCAACAUUCAUUAUGUUAGAUAUCAAGGAAAAUGUAUUCUGACUUCAAAGAAUUUGCCUUUUUUGAUGAAAAAAUGGAAACCCGACUCAGUAUUCUUAAAAAAUAAAAUAUAA